AUGGCAGACUUGCCCGAAAACGACAGACCGGACGAUAGUGAACUGAAAGGUGCUACAGGUGGUGAAGAUGUCGUCGUUGAUAGGAUCGUAGAGGAAAGUGGCAUAGUACUAAGAGGAUAUGUGAUUGAGCAGAUCAGUACGGAAAACCCUGCCCUGCAUGUAUGUGUAGAGGACCUUGGUGGAAGACCUGACGAAACUGAAGAUCCUCAUAUAAAAGAAGUUGUCGUGCAGCUUCGUAGAAUCGCUGAUGAGAUAAACCAGAAUACUGAGCUUAUACAUCUCAUCAGCACUGUGGAGGCAAACUGUGCUCAGGAGGUGUUCAUGACGGUGGCCAGCAGCAUCUUUGCAGAUGGCAUUAACUGGGGACGCGUGGUGGCUCUCUUUCAUUUGGCAUAUCAGCUCAUUUACAAGGCACUGACUCAAAACCACUAUGAAAUCAUCAAGAACAUCAUUAGCUGGGUAUUGCAGUUUAUCAGGGAACACAUUUCCGCCUGGAUCAGACAACAAGGAGGAUGGGGGGGCGUUAUGCGCAGUGUGCCAAGAUGGCGCACAGUGUCCAUCAUUGCCGCGAUGGCAGUUGUUGCUGCUGCUAUUUACUGGAGAAAAACCCGCUGA